ACGUCUCAGUGGCGGGAAUAGCUGUCGUCGCGAAAGACUAGUCUGCCAAGAAAACAAUUCAGUAUGGAAGUGGACGAAAGCGAUAUUACUCCAAAAUCAGAACACAAUGAGAAAAAAGACAACGUCGCAAGCAAGAGCUCGUCAGAGGCGUACGAGUUACCUUGGGUAGAGAAAUACCGUCCCUUAAAAUUGGAAGAGAUUGUGGGCAAUGAGGAAACGAUAAGCAGACUAGAGGUUUUCGCACGGCAAGGCAAUGUUCCAAACAUUAUUAUUGCGGGGCCUCCUGGAACUGGGAAAACGACGAGCAUUUUGUGCUUAGCCAGAGCAUUACUUGGCCCCGCGAUGAAAGAUGCUGUUCUUGAACUGAAUGCAUCAAAUGAUAGAGGUAUAGAUGUCGUAAGGAACAAGAUAAAGAUGUUUGCCCAGCAGAAAGUGACACUGCCCAAAGGACGUCAUAAGAUCAUUAUCCUGGAUGAGGCAGACAGCAUGACAGAUGGAGCUCAGCAGGCUUUAAGGCGUACCAUGGAAAUCUACUCCAAAACCACACGAUUCGCUCUUGCCUGCAAUGCCUCUGACAAGAUCAUUGAGCCAAUUCAGUCGCGAUGCGCGGUGCUUCGCUACACCAAACUCACAGACGAUCAGAUCAUGAUGCGGCUGCUGGAAGUGGUGGAGAAGGAGCAAGUGAACGCCGCAAACGACGGUCUGGAGGCAGUCAUCUUCACAGCACAGGGAGAUAUGAGACAGGCACUUAACAAUCUGCAGUCAACAAAUUCCGGUUUCGGUUUCAUCAACAGUGAAAAUGUUUUCAAGGUCUGCGAUGAGCCUCACCCCCUUCUUGUCAAAAGUAUGUUGGAACACUGUGUAAACGCCAACAUAGACGGUGCCUACAAGAUCAUAGAACAGCUUUGGUCUCUUGGCUACUCCCCUGAAGACAUCAUCGGGAACAUCUUCAGAGUGUGCAAAACGUUUCCAAUGACGGAAUAUCUGAAGCUGGAGUUCAUCAAGGAGAUUGGAUACACACACAUGAAGGUGGCAGAAGGAGUCAAUUCUCUCUUGCAAAUGGCUGGACUGUUGGGGAGACUCUGCAGCAAGAGCACUGCCCCCUAAACAUAAUCAUGCUCACCCUAUUUAGACUCACAGUUAAACAGAGGGCUCUGAAUUGUUUUUAUAAUUGCUUGUGUUUUCUGCUUGUAUAGAAAAAAUAAAGUAAAAUUGAGUUCUUA